AGUUGGUAUACCUGAUCACAGGGUCUUUUUUAUUGUAAUUGGUACCAAUUUUCUUUUCAAGGUCCCCUAACCUUUUAAGGUAUUUCUGCUUCAAAGAAAACAUAAUGGCAAAAGUCGAUUUAGAGCUCAAAAAGGCCUUUACAGAGCUGCAACAGAAGGCCAUCGAAACCGCCCAACAAUUAAAACUGUCCGACAUUCAAAUCGAGAAUUUAAAGCGGAACAAACAGCACGCCGCACUUACGGAAAGAGAGAUUUCGAAUUUGAAUUCCAGCACAAAUACCUACGACAGUAUAGGUCGUAUGUUUAUGCUGUCGCCGUUAAGCGAGAUCAAGGAGAAUCUCAAAAAGAAACAGGCAACGGCAGAGGAGAAGAUUAAAACUUUAGAAAACAAUAAAGCAUACCUCGAGAGGAGUUUGAAAGAUUCAGAGAAUAACCUGCGAGAGAUGGUGCAACAGAGAAAAGACGCGCUCGAAUGAUUUAUUUGUAUUAAAAUUACAAUAAUGCUAUUUACUAUUAAAUUAAAGUGUUAAGCUUGUGAUUCUAA